AUGAUGGCACAAAGGAAGGGGACCAAGACAGUCGUUCCCGAUGAGCUUUUGAUACGCUUAAAGGAAGAAACUGGCAAGCCGUUGGAAGAAAUAGAAGAAGCUUGGAGCGAGCAACGCACUGAGAGACAAAAAUCCGUAAAAUGCCUUCUGAAAGAAAAUGUCACUAAUGCAGCCCGAUUCUUCGAGAAGACAGUAGAUGAGCACCAUGACAAGGUAUUUAUAGUGUACGGUGGUGCUCAUGAAGAAGAUAUACCCUCUGGAAGCACCUGCCUAGAAUGCUGCACAAGGGUCUUGACGUAUAAGCACGUGGACUAUGCGAGCAACAGUGUUGCAGCAUGGGCAGUGAAACUGCAGGGUAGGAAGGACACAGAAUGUUCUGCGGGCAAGGGAGAUGAAUGCAGCGUAAAGUGUAGCGAAUGCACAUGCAGAGCCCGUGUUGCUGCAAUGCUGAUGCUCAGCAGCCCAGAGUACAUUAUCAUCCUCUUGGGCUUGCUGAAAGCCGGGAUGACAGUGGCUCUUCUUCAUCCCCAGUUACGCGGCUCACUGUUGCGAAAGGCAGUAGGGGAGGCGGAUCCACAAUUGCUCAUAUGUGAUGACCUCACCGUAGCCUCUUUGCGGCACGCGUGGCUGGAGGAGUGCUGUGGCAAACCAGGAAAAACCGUGCAUUCUACUCAGAAAGAAAAGGAAUACAAGGGGUCAUAUCCCUGUCCAGUGUUCAUUUGCGGAGCUGUCCGGCCGAAAGAAGAUGUAGGGGAGCACAGCCUUGUCCCCCAUGUUCACCGCCACAUCAAAGACCGUCUAAGUGAAGAAGAAGUUGCCCAUUACCAACAGCACAUGGAAGCCAGCUCAACGACGGAAGAGCACAGGUGUCAGCCUAAAGGAUUUCCAUUAGUACUUAAAGAGCGGCUCUACAACGCUGUUGGACUCGCGCUCAAUUCAGAAGGAGGGGAUCAGCAUAGAGAACAUCAAGGAGAGGUCGACGCCCUCACACACCAAGGAGAGCUGGGUCGUCCCUGCGUUUGUCUAUAUACAGCCGAUUUCGAUGGGCACAUGUGUGCUGCAUACCUGUCACAUAACCGAUUCAUAUCUGCGGGUUUGGUUUGGAAGCAAGCCGUGCCACUUUCCUCAUCUGAUCGACUCUUGCUCGGUGUGCACCUCUCUCAUGAGGUGGGUGUGCACGCCUUGGCAUCCGCGAUUGCCUGUGGAGGGGCACUGCUCUUGCGCCAUAAGUGUAGUAUCCUAUCUCUUUGGGAAGACCUCAAAGCCCUAGAUGCUUCUGUUCUUUGGCACACGGGGAUGAUGUGGGCACGAUUGCUCAGGUCCCACGAGCGUUUCCAUGGUGGUGAGCACAUGCAGCGCUUGGGAUCGUGGAGUGGUCAUCCUCGACUACGAGCCAGCGUGGGAACAGGGUUACUCCGGGAACUGUGGCCUGUUGUGAAACAUUCUUUUAACAUUCCUUGUAUCCUCGAGUUUCACUCUCUGCCAAUCCUCCAAACCGCCCAUGUGUUGUACAACGCAUGGGGGAUGACGGGGGCCUGCAGCUUUAUCCCAAACGCUGCCUGGGACAGGAUGCCCUUUGAACGGCUUGUAGAAUUCAACGAGAAGACAGAUGAAGUUGAGAGAGACAAGGCAUCGAAGAGAGGCAAGGAGGCUUCGCGAUGCCCAAGAACGCUGAUUCAGAGAGGUGAACUUGUCUCACAUGUUUCACACGGCCACAACUUAAUCCUGUUUACUCGCAAAGAAAAGACAGAACAGUUCUUGUAUAAAGACCUCUUUGAAGAAGGCGACGUCUGGUGCCGGUCUGGGGAAAUAAUGGAGCGGGACGCAGCUGGGUUCCUCUAUUUCUGCAGGUGUGCAGGGUUCGGCUUUCGCAUUGAUGGGGAAGCUGCACCUCUAGCUGACGUGGCUGCUCUACUGAAGAGGCAUGCUGGAGUGCUCGGGGCUCGUGUGGAAGGGAUGAGGGUGUUUGCGGAUAGUGAUAAAGCUGCAGCAAACAGUAUGGAAGAGAAAGUGAAGGCAGGCCAAAAAGGUUGGCCUAAGACUGCUGUGGAGUUGUUCCAGGCGGGAGAAUGCCAUCGCAAGCUGAAGUGCCUUGUGGCCUGCGUCCACGCUAAGCUGGAGGCCUGUAAGAUUACGGAUGGGGAUGGCAUCGACCAGCCACAAAGUUGUGGUGAUCUUGAUCUUGACAGCAGCUUGCUGGUUAUUGGGGAGGAGGAAGCAGAAUGCAAGAGAAAGGAGGGCAGUGAAGGCGAAGUGACGCUGGUUUCUGUCCAAACUUUUUUGAGGAAACUUCGUAGCUGCCUUGAUCAUGACGUCCACUUGGCCAUUCGCCCCACAGUACUCAUGCUUUGCUUCGCUGAAUGCAGUAGUGCUAGCGACAGACGUAGCAGCAUUGGCAGCACAUGCGGGUCUUGUUCUAGUAGGCACGAGACCGAGUGCAAGUGCAGUUGCGGCUGCUGUUGGGAAUGUGAAGGCUGUAGCGCUCACCGAAAGAGUGUGCAGGGGCUGUGUGACCUCAUAGAUGGCCAGGGUUGUUGCACUGCCGGGAGCAAAUGCAAAGAGGGCUGCAAGCGCCGCUGCUUUCUUUUCUAUGCUGACACUAAUGGAGACGCAUUCACCCCUCUCAGGAAGGAUAACUUUCAGGACUUUGUGCGUGAGAGUUAUUCGCAGUUCGGACUAUGA